AUUUCAACAACAACAACAACAUGAUAAAUACUAUUUUAAAGGAUAUUCAUCAAUGGGUAUUCAUGAACAAAUGAUAUCAGAUAAAAUUAGAACCGAUACAUAUAGAAAGGCAAUUUUUCAAAAUAAAGAAGAGCAUUUUAAAGAUAAGGUUGUUUUAGAUGUGGGUGCUGGUACAGGUAUAUUGUCAUUUUUUUGUGUUCAAGCAGGUGCCAAAAGAGUGUAUAGUGUAGAAGCAAGCGAUACUGCGUUAAUAGCAAAACAAUUAAUUAGGGACAAUGGAUUUGAAGAAAAGAUAACAUUAUUUCACUCAAGGGUUGAAGAUAUAGAAUUGCCUGAAAAAGUAGAUGUUAUUAUUUCAGAGUGGAUGGGAUACAGUUUAUUAUAUGAAAAUAUGCUUCCUUCAGUAUUAUAUGCAAGAGAUAAAUGGUUAAAAGAAUCAGGUCAAAUGUAUCCAAGUAAUUCUAAAAUAUACCUAUGCCCAUUUACAGAUAGCGAAAUCAUUGAUCAAAAAAUUGAAUUAUGGCAAAACAAUUCCUACAGUCUGGACCUAUCAUCAUUAAUUCACAAAUCUAUAGAAAAUGAAUUUUCAUUACCAAUCAUUGAUAUCAUACCCCCACAACUACUAUUAUCAUCAACUCCAUUAAUUACAAAUCAAUUUAAUUCAAAGCUAGUCCAAAACAACCCGUUGGAAAUAUUUAACAAUAAGAACCUUGAAUAUAUUUUCAAAUCGAAUCAAUAUGCGACAUUAAAUGGGUUUGUUGUGUGGUUUGAUGUAACUUUUCCAAAAGCAAAUGAAAACGAUAAAGAGAUUGUAUUAUCCACAUCCCCAUUCUCAGAUGAAACUCAUUGGAAACAAAGUUUAUAUUAUUUUGAUACAUCAAUACCAAUAGAACCAAACCAAAUAAUCAAAACCAAUUUUAAAAUGGACCAACUUUCUCAAGACAACCCAAGAUUUUUAAAAGUUGAAUUUAGUGCCACCAUAGAGAACAAAAAUGAUAAUAGCGAAUUUUUCAAAAAAUAUUUAAAAGUAGUUAAAGAAGAAACAAGUUAUAUAAAACAUUUAAAAUAUCCUCCAAACAUUAUAGAUAAUAAUACAAUAAAUAUUUCAAAGGAAUUUGACUUUGUUUAAAUAUU